AUGCAACCGAAUCACUGCGACCUGCUCGGUCAGGUGCGCGAGCCAAGAGCCGCCCGUCAACUGAUGCGCGAUGGCCAUCCGCGCGAUCAGAGUGGUCACCCUGGUCAGCCUCGACCAUCCGGUGCGGCGCCCAUGAGAUCAGAAGACUCUUGGAUCGAGGUCGCCUCCCAACCCUCGACCUCCUCUCUGUCUUCAGCAGCCACGAGCGACGAUAUAAUAACAACCGGUCUCGAGGUGGAACAUCGCGGGGGAGGCAUGCAGCAAUACCGCAGUCGACGCCGACGAAUGCAGCACCUCGCAGCCGUGGCUACCGCGCAGGUAGACUACUCCUCCAACACCGCGAGCAGCAGCCAAGAAGAAUACGAAGAAAGUGAAAGCGAGUCGGAUCCUCCCAUGAGCAGUUCCAAUGAAGAUAUUGGCCCCGCCCUGCGCGCACCGCUACCUGCACCCUCCCACUCCGAUGACGACGCCUCCAGCGACGACGAUGAAGAUGAUACCUCAACUGCCCUGGGCAUGGGUAUAAGCCCAUCCCCAUUCGUGCCCCAACCAAAUGUAUUCAGUCAUCCACCAAGCACAUCCGAUCCAUCAUGGACCCGCCCUAGCGAGUCCCGACGAUCCCAGCCCAGCGUCCUAUCAACCUCUAGCCGGCGCACUUCCAUUCGCCGAGAAUCAUACCCAAGUACCCGGCCAUACCGUCGCUCCCAGCAAUCAUCACAGCAUAGUCCAUAUAAUAUGUUCUCACCAUCACAUCACGCAGACCAUGACGCCGCACUGCGCGCCAGUCUAUCAACUCUCCUCUCAUGCGCAGCUGCUGCCCGCGGCCUGCCCAAAUCAGACUCCCAGCCUAUAAGCACACCCCCUGGCCCAUCUGGCCCGACAACAGAACCAGCUGCGUUCCGACUAGUCGGCGAAUGUAUCGCGAUGGGAGAAGAAAGUGGUGAAGAGUACCAGGAUCAAGACAUCUCUCCCCGGAACACGGAAACCAGCCCACCAUCAGUGGGUCAACCCCGCCGAAGACAUCCCCGCUCCCCAGACUCCCCCGGCCCACUAUCCGCGAACACAAAGGCCAAGCGACGCUCAACUUCACCAAAAGACCGUACCCUCUCGUCGAAAAAGAGUCGGCGUAACAGCCUGGCAGACCCGACCUCCAUCACCACUAACACGCCCGUCAGCCCAACCGUCAUGACAUGGGUGAUUAGCGCGGGCGUGGUUGUCCUCUUCUCCGCUAUCAGCUUCUCUGCCGGGUAUAUGCUCGGUCGGGAGGUUGGGCGUACGGAGAUGGGUCUUAUGGGUGAUGGGGGUGUCCCCGGUGCACGAUCUUCUGCUGCUUGUGGGCAGGAGGCUGUUCGCGGUGGACUGAAGAGGUUCCGGUGGGGGACUGCUGCUGCUGGCUCUGCGGGUUUGGCCUAG